AUGAGAGCUUACGGAAUGAAGUUCAACCCGACUAAAUGCACAUUUGGAGUAGGCGGUGGAAAAUUCCUGGGAUAUAUGGUGAGUAGCCGAAGGAUAGAAGCUAACCCGGAAAAGAUAGAGGCGAUCCUCAAGUUGAAAUCCCCGACCUCAAUAAAGGACGUCUACAAACUGACAGCUUCAGGGAGAUUGGUGAAAUGGGCAAUAGAGCUGGGUGAACAUGAUAUUGACUAUCAUGCGAGAACUUCGGAGAAAGCCCAAAUUCUGGUUGACGUCGUAAUGCAACUGUCGAGUGAGUCCAUCCAAGAAAUGGAAACCCGGAUCCUGCAUGUUGAUGGGUCGUCGAAUGCCAGUAACGGAGAGGCAGGAAUCUUGAUACAAGGGCCAAAAGGAGUAGAGAUAAAGGUCGCAGCAAGACUAUCAUUCCCGGCGACCAAUAACGAAGCAGAGUACGAAGCAUUGAUUUUGGGAUUGGAGUUGGCCUACGCAGCUGGAGCAUGA